UUUUAUAAUAAUCACUUCACUAUAUAGUAGUCAAAAAUUGAAUCAACAUCAAUAUAGCAUAGCCGUUGUUACACUACCAUUUUCAUCAUUCAAUUCAGAAAAAAUCAUACUGAUAUUCCACAAUUCAAUGGCCUUUUGUUCAUCGUGCAUCUCUAAAACCCUAAAAAACCAUAACCAUUACUUCACCGCCAAAUUUUCCACCUCUUUUUUAGUCACCAAAACCCCAAAAAAACACAAGAAAAAACACAAAUCCAAAUCAAGUCCUAGAACAAAUCCAAUCCAAACCCAACCAAACCGGGUAACCGAAUUCGAACGCAUCGUAGAACGCGAAACCCUAAUGAAAUUCGUCACAAGAUCCAAAAACUAUCUCUCUAACCAACCGGAACACGUUCUUCAACUCGACGACGCCGGUAAACUCCACCGCGAACUCGGUUUCCCACGCGGCCGGAAAAUCGCCAAAUCAAUCCAACGUCAUCCGUUACUCUUCCAAACCUACCGUCACUCCGACGGCAAAAUGUGGCUCGGAUUCACCGAUCUAAUGGAAGAAUUAAUCGCGGAAGAACAAUCGAUUAUGGAAUCAAUGCAACUCGAUCGUGUCGAUAAGGUUCGUAAGCUUCUCAUGAUGUCGAGAUUUCACCGUAUUUCACUAGCUAAAAUUCAUCACUGUAGAAGUUUAUUUGGUAUACCGGAUGAUUUUCGUGACCGUGUUGUGAAAUACCCGAAUUACUUCCGCGUCGUUGUUGAUAGCAACAACAACGACGGGAAGAGCGUUCGGGUUCUUGAGUUGGUUAAAUGGGAUCCACUUUUGGCUGUGAGUGCGAUUGAAAGAGAGUUUAUGGUGAAUGAAGAAGCUGCUAAGAGGAAAUUUAAUUUUCCUGUCAAACAUGGGAAGGAUUUGGAUUUGGAAUUUGAUGAUGAAAAGAAGCUGAAUUUGUUAAAUGCGCUUCCGUUGGUGUCACCUUAUUCGGAUGGUUCGAAAUUAGAUGUGUGGACUUUGGAAGCUGAGAAAUAUAGGGUUGGAUUGAUUCAUGAGUUUUUGAGUUUGACAUUGGAGAAGAAAGCUUCAAUUCAUCACCUUGUUGAGUUUAAGGAGGAGUUUAGUUUGACUAAGCAUACUUAUCAUAUGUUACUUAAGCAGCCGAGGGCGUUUUAUUUGGCUGGAACUGAGAUGAAUUGGGUUGUGUUUUUGAAAGAUGGUUAUGAUCGAAAUGGUGUUUUGAUUCAGAAGGAUCCUCAGGUGUUGUUUAAUGAAAAGCUUUAUAAGUAUGCUCAGAUACAGGAAAUGGAACCUGGUUCUGAUGUUGGAUUGGAAAAUCAACUUAUGGAUUGAUGAAACUUUUUCUAUAAUUUAAAUUGAAUAAUUUCCAUAGGGUUUGUAAAUUAAGAAAAGAAAGACUGAUUGGAGCGCUUAAUGAAGCACCUUUGCGAUAUUGAGAUUAAAUGAUUCAAUUUCUAUGAUAGUGAGUGGCUUUUUACUGGUCCUCUUUGAUUCAGUGUAGGAACUAAUAGGACAAGGAGAAAUUUAAGUUUAGUGUCCUGAGAAUUACAUGGAUGGCAAAGAUUUUAGGUUUGCCAACUUUACCAUAUUAUCUAGAAACUCUGUGGUUUCAGCUACAAAGGCCCAAUUACAGCCAGAUUUGUUCACGGUAUGUUCGGACUAGUUGGGUUCAUCCAUUGUUGAUCAAUUUUUCGUGGAUGCAAAAAAAGGAGCUUGACUUGAAUUACUAAUUCUUAAGAAGUUGUUAUAAGGGAUGUGCUAGGAUGUCUGAUAAAUUUCACUGAAUAUGCUGGUCAGAGUAUUUCUUGUAUUAAUGGAAAGAGCAUAUGAUCCUCUUCAUUUGAAGUUUGAUUCCAAAUUAUUAUGAUAUAAACAAUAAGAUAUUUGUAUAUUAGACUAGUAGGAUAGAUCAUUGGUGGCGCUUGACCAAAAGUUCUUAGAUGUCUUGUUCAGAUUCAGGUUUGCUGUGAGUGUGACCUUCAAUUAGUUGCGACAGAUAUUUGAGUUUUAUAGUGGCAUAUUUCAUUUUCAGCUGCAGCUUCUGAGUUGAACAUAAUGAUUGUUCAGUUGCCAUGGUAUUCAAUGUUCAGAUAUGGUUUUAAUGAUAAUGACAUUGGCAAUUGUAGCAAUUAGGCAGGCCAAUUACUGUUUCGUACAACCAAAAUUGUAUACAUAUGAAGUUCACAGAAUUUCCAUAUGAUGAAUCAAAUUUCAUGCAUUACAUUUGCAGAAUGGAGAUGAAGACUUCAUUUAUUACAUCAAGUCAUAAACAAAGAGACUGUCAAUGUCUAGCAACCUUGUGCAGUCUCCUUUAUGGUAUAUAAAUCAAACACUAAUAGUUACAGGUUGAAGCAAACAUCACAAAGCCUACAACCAAACCUUACCGUAAAGUCUUGGAAACAUAAAAGACUAAUGAACUGUUCCUUUUUCAGACAACUAACGAUGUUUAGUUUGGCUUUUUGAUCUGUGCCUGCUUUUCUGGGCUACACUAGCGCUGUUUCUAUGCACACUGGAGGAACUUGAUCCUCCUUGGCCACCUUUCUUCAGUGCUCUUCUGGUGGGGGUCCGGCUGCUGUUUCCAAGUGCAGCUUUGGCAACACUAUCAGUGAGCAUCUCCCGUGUCCUUUGAGGCUUGAUGGAUUCCUUGUUCAGAUACACUACCUUUGGAAGAAGACCACAAACUGCUUUGCGCAGCUGCUCAUCACUGAUGUUGCUUUGAAUUGGAUUUCCUAUCAGAUUCAAGGCCUGAAGUGAGUUGUAAUUAGCUACUAGCUGGCCUAAUGCCUUUGUUGUUGUGAUCUUGUUAAAGCUUAAGUCCAGAACAGUUAGCUUCAACAACCUGUGUAGCCCCUCAACAU